AUGAAUUCCCGCUCCUCCGGGGUUUCUGCCUUCCUGCUCGGUUUGCUGGGCUCUGUUGGCUUUGUCACUGCAACGCUUUCUGCUGAGGGCAGUCCUGCUGCUGAGAAUGGGAUUCAGUUCAAUGCUACCAACGCUGCCGCUAAACUGGGUGAUCGAGCCACCAACGGCAUCUACAUCUGCCAAUAUCCGCAAUGGAAAGGCACGUGUUUCUGGACACCAAUCGACCCAUCAUCCUACAACGAAUGCGCCAUCAUCACAUCACACGGUGGCUGGGCUUCGGUUGGGCCUGAUCAGGGCGUUAAGGUCGAUCUUUAUCGUGAUACCGCAUGCCAGCAACCGUUCUGGGCAGGUCUGGUCUACCCGGGCUCCGACGACGUGCCUGCAGAGGUUGCGGCUCGAGGGCUUCCUGCAGUGACUGGGGAUCAGUUCGGAGCAGUCUUCAGAGCACCGUGA